GCGCUAUAUGGACAUUUGUCAUUAGGGGGUCUGAUGUGAAACUGUCGCGGAGCAGUGUUGUUAGCAAUAUAAUGGCGGCGUCCACACGAUCACGAGUCCUUUCUUUAUACAGGAUGAUGCUGAGAGAGAGCAAGAAGUUUCCCUCGUACAACUAUAGGACGUAUGCACUGCAGCGGGUGCGUGAUGUUUUCAGGGCCAACAGGAAGGUGGAGGAUCCAAAAACAGUGGAGAGCCUGAUGGAGGAGGGACAGCAGACACUGGCACUGAUACAGAGACAGGUCUCCAUAGGGAAGAUGUACGAGACCCAGAAGACCGUGGUGGAGUAAGAGACGCCGGAGGUGGAGCAGUGUCCCAGCAAACAACUGGAAGUGACCUGGCGCCCUGACAUCGCCACCAACCAGCUAUUUAAUUAGGACGGAGGUGGAGGCGUAGGAGUGAAGCACCUGGAGUUUGCCUGGAGUCUAGAUGUUAAAUCAUUGUUGUGAGGGACACACCCAUCAGAUAUGAGUUGAUUUGUUUGUGAUCACUGAUUGUUUUCAGCUGUUUCUCAGUCUGAGUCAGCAGUUUCCCAGUUCAUGAAAGUGAAACCGUGUCCAUCUGUGGCCUCAUCUGUAACCAACUCUCCUUCAACUGCCGAUUAAUCUGCCAGGUGUUUUCUCAGAGGUUGGAGCCAGGUCCACUCAGAGCCCGGUGUAAUGCCUUCAGAUGCUCUGUCCAGUCCAUCAUCAGAUGUUUAUAUCUGAGAACCUGGCUUUGCUUUAAAAAUAACAGGCAGUUAUUGAAUUACCAGGCUUGUUGUGAUGUUUGCUUCAUAGUUUUGUGUCCAAGAAAAACAUGUUUUGUUUGGUUUUCUAGGGUGAAUCUGCUGGUGAGGCCUCAGACAAUGCUAGUUCUCAUUUCUGUUUCAGUAUUUGCUGUUGUUUUUGUUUUUCCACUGGAUGUCUGAGCCGUGUCUAAUAAACAUGUUGUGAUGUGCUUGUA